UUUAGCUAGACUUAAGUGCAUUAAAAACGGAUCGCAAAUACUGCGCUGAACAUUUUGUGGGCUGCUGGCUAAUUGUGUUAAAAGCUCAAUUCAUAGGCUACUGUUACAUCGCAAAUAUUGCAAUCACUGGUAAAACUAAAUGCCUGACAACUGGAUAAAAUAGCUCGCUAAAUUGAAAGAAAGGAGUGCGAUCUAGCGGAGCAAUGUGGUUGCCCUGCCAAAAACUUUGUGAAGCCCGAUUUGCGUUCAGACCAACAGUAUAAAAGGACGCCACAACCUGCCCAACGAGAGUCAACGAAACGACAAUGAUGAACGGACACCAGUUGCUGUUGGACUUUCUAUUUUUAACUGGUUGCUUUUCGAAUUCAGUUAGCCAGUGCUAGUUACUGACAUAUGAAUUGCACCUGCAUGCUUUUUUGGUUGAAGAAAAUAAAUAAUACUGGCAGAGUAUAUGCUAUGCCAUGGAUGCAAGAGCUCUUUUCGAAUAGGAAAUGGGAGACCUGUUUCGGGGACAUAAUAGGCGACGUCAUGCUACUUCGGUGAAUCUCUAGGCUUAUCUCGUUCCCAUCGCACUGAUGAUUGGUAACUUUUUUGGGGUUUACUUCAAACGCACGUAAACCUUUUUGGUUUAUGAGAUUAUUUCUUGAUAUCCACAUGUUUUUAUUGGACUAAGUAGUAGCCUUAUUCUUAUUCAAGACAUCGCUUGCCUAACGGUAGGCUACAUAUACCCAAUCCCGUUUUAUUUGUAACAGUUUAUGACUGGGUAAAUCUAUAACAACUGAUGUGAAGCAAGCAAAUGGAGAUACAUGAAGAAGCCUGAAUGAUGCAAGUAGCCCACUGGACGGCAUCCUGCGUCAGUAAUCUAGAAAGCUGUUAGCUUUCUUUGAGUUUUCUCGACUUAAGUCUAACAGAAGAGAGGCCAGGACAGUGAAGAUGGUGAAAUAAACUGUACAAUUUGGUUGGAGAUGGCGUGACAUCCCUCUUCUCCGAACUGAUGCGGACUAUAUAGUGGGAUGGUGUUAAAACGGAGGGCGGACCCUGGCACGGCCCCCGUUUCUCUUACAGCAAAGUAACAGUUAGCCUUUUUUAACAACAGACUGCUUGCUCGUGAUUCGUCAUCAUAUAGGUUUACCAUCACCAAAAGCGAGUAAAAACCGUUACAGUUAACACCUACUUUUUCGCUACCUUGAGGAUAUUAUUAUUCUCAAUCGUUUGUUUCUGCAAAGAAUGGCUGAUCCAUCAGGAGCAAAUAGGCUGACCAGUGCAUCUGCAAGAGGAGAACUGACAAGACUUCAAGUAAUAUUGCAAAACGGGGCAGAUGUUAAUGAGAGAAAUGUGUUCGGCAGAACCGCGUUACAGGUGAUGAAACUUGGCAACCCUGCCAUAGCUGAGGCGUUGCUGCAAGCCAAUGCAGAUCCAAAUGUGCGCGAUCCUCUGGGAGGUCUCACGGUACUUCACGACGCUGCUCGGGAUGGCUAUGCUGACACGCUGCAAAUGCUUGUGAAUCAUGGUGCCGAUGUCAAUAUUCAGGACAAUGACGGAAACUUGCCAUUGCACCUAGCCGCUAGAGAAGGGAACUCGGACGUGGUUAGAUUUUUGAUUCAACGAACCACGGAGCCCAUGCAACAGAACCUCGGAGGCAAAACGGCAUAUGAUCUCGCAAUAAUGCACAACAGAGUGCAAACUGCACAGUGGAUCCAGAAUUACGUGCAUUCUGGAGAGUGAAUUAUGUUUUGCUUUCCUUUUUAUUUUUUUAAUUUGAUGAUUUUUUAUUUUUUGUUUGAUAUGUAUACGAGGUGGUGAAAAACAGGCGUAAUACUUUAUGCUGCAUCUUUUCACCGCCGACGCAUAGCAUUGUACAGUAAAGUAUUCUCUGCCCAGUCAGCGCCCUCAAGAUGAUGAAGAAAUGGAAGUCUGGUCAUUGAGAUUUUCUUCCAAAUCCUUAGGCCUACCACUCGCUUAAAAUAUGUACUGCAUUAGUACUAUUUACACCAGAAAUUACAAAAUAGUAAUGAGAAUUACAGUACUGAAGAAGUACUGUGCAGAAGACUUAGGCACCCUAGACCUUAAUAUAUAUACGUUUUCUUUUUUAUGUGUGUUAGUAUAAAAGAACACAUUUGAGAUUUCUAAAUAUUCAUUUUCCAAAAGAUAAAAUUUUACAGAGACAUUUUUGUCUUAAAUUUUUUAAAGUAACAUAUUAUUGUAAGCAUUUGACUACUUUUUACAUAAAAAUUUAAUCAAGGCUGUCUGAGAUCAGAAGCAAGGAGUCAACCAAAGUCUGCAGAAGAACUGUGGCAACUUCUCCAACAUGCUUGGAACAACCUGCCUGCUGGUUAUAGAACUACAGGACAAAGAAGGGAUGCAGUUUUAAUGCCGAAGGGUGGUCACAAAAAAAAUUGAUUUGAUUCAGUUUUGAACUAUUCUACCAAAUUACUAAAGUGUAAGGUAAAAUGUAUAGUACGUUUAUUUAGGAAGAAUCUUAUCUGUACAGAAUGUUAUACAGGUGCCUUAGACUUUUGCACAGUACUGUACAUGUCAGAGGGCUUAACUGCCCUGACUGUGGGAACUGAUUUAUUGACAAAAUAAAACAUUUUUGAUGACGGCUACUUUAAUGUAAGUAAAGGAAGUGUUCUACACGCCCAUAGCUACGUCGCUAUUAAUGUCGCCUUUUGUCAAGAGAAUAGUGGGAUGUAAUCGAUAUGAUCCAUUGUUUAAUUUUACAAAGAAUCUGGCAACUUUUACAACUGAAUUUAAAAUCUCAUAGCUACAUUAAAACCUAAAUUUGUGGUCGAGGAAUAUUAUGAAACUGCACCUUCAAAUUCUAAUUUCAAGGAAGAGAGCUGAUUUAGGCUACCUAAUUUACACAUGUCUAGCACUUGUGUCAGACUAGCUAUCCGCACGAUAGCUAGUCUUACACAAGUGCUAGACAUGUGUAAAUUAGUGUAUAAGAAAUAAAAAACGAAAAGUUUCGCCGCUAUGAAACAUUACUGUACAGCUUUAAAUUUAAACCACAAGUUGAAGAUACCAGUUAAAUUGUCAAGAUGUUUAAAAUUAUCAACAUAUAUUUGUUAUUCCUGCCUUAAAUUUACAUUUGCACUUUAUAUGUGAGUGUACAUAAUGUAAAGUUUACUUGUUUACUUGACUGAAAUGUGAAGGCAUGCAUUUUGUGUGUAUUAACAGUUAAUGUGAUUAUUAUUGUACUUUUAACCAAAGAUAAAUGACUGCUGUUUAAUGUGUGUGUAUGUGUGUUAAAAUUCCAAUCAAAUGUACGUCAGAGAUGUAUGAUCCAAAAACAUACACUUUACAGUAGCCUACAAAUUUUUGUUCAGUAGCAUUUUAAAAAUACAACUUUACUGUAGACUGUGGUUUGUCUGCGCGCGUGCACGCCGGGCGAAUUGACUCAUCUCUUUGCAAAUGUAGAAAAAUAAAGAUUUAGUGAAACGUU